CCUCUCCCAUAAAGAUUUAAAGUGGAAAGAACCCUCAGGGGUUGAGAUGCCUUUCAUGGAAUUUGGUGAUAAAAAUAUAUUAAUGAUCACAAGUGCGUGAAAUCCUUACAGCCAAUGAAAAAGUUGUCUAUGAACAAAUUCUCUCUGGUAUCUAAUUAGGAUUUGAUACACAGCGGCUCAGGUUUUCCAUGCAGUCUAAAAGACCAUAUAAAAACACGCACUUCCAAGCUUCCAAGCCAGUUCUUACUCUCCGCUGUGAGCUCGGUUCAUCUCCACCCCAGAACAAUGUCUUAUUACGGGUACCAAUACAAGCAGCAGUGCUACGUUCCAGGCGGAGCGAAGUGUGCCACACCGGUCUUCACGCAGUGCCACCACCCCGGCGUGAGGUGCGGGUCGUGUUCCGCGUGUGCAUCCAAGGGCGCCAAGGUGUGCACCGUGAGAAGGACCAUCCAGAGCGGCCCCAGGUGCUCCGCGCCGUGUUCAUCGCGGUGCGUUGAGACUCACAUCGUGGAAGACCACUCUUCCUCCUGUAGCCCCAGGUCUCCCGAGCCAUGCACCGUGGCGUUCCCUCAGCCCCAGCUGCAGGGCAGGGAACACGUCUGCGUGUCACACUGUGGACAGCCAGGCGUUACGAGAUGCCCUCAGAUAUGUGCUCCAGCUUACACGUACCAGCACAGCUCCUGUCCUUAUUCGUACCAGUGGUCCAACAGCUACCACUACAACUGUGGGCAACAAUAAGCUCCGCAGAGGUGCCCACAGAACAACCGGGCGAUGGAUGAAGAGCAAGGUGCG